CAGACCCGGGUACGGGACGGUCCCGUUUGUAGUGAGGCCGCUGUUUCCCGCGUCUGCUGAGACCGCGGUGCAGUGCGGCAGGUGCGACAGCGAUCGCCAGCCGACAUCGUGUUUGUCUCCGAGCGAGAGCGAUCAUCGCGUGUUGUCGCGGUACGGAAAGCUGCCCACCGCAUCGAAAUCGCCGACCGAUUCACCUUUACCCGGGUGCGUCACUGAUCAACGGCGAUCCCAUGAUUUGUCGAGCGAUAUGCAUUAUCAGUACGGACGCGGUGUCGUGCCACGUACUGACGAUGCCAGGUCGGGUAGUAUGUUGGGCUGCGCUCCAUCCGUUAGUAGUAGCACGUAUAGAGGUGGGUACGGGACUCUCCCGUCGGGCAAGGAUAGGUCAGAUAGGAGAAUGGUCGGGGGUAUGGUCACUGGCACGUCCCAGGCAAUGCAGCGAGUGAAUGACCAUUCGAGCCGGUUGGCGAGGGAGAAGUUACAGGGAAGUAUCCCCGAUCGUCGACCGCUAACACGGGAAGGAUCACAGGAUAGCCUCACCAAGACGCGACCGCUGACACGGGAAAAAUCACAGGAUAUCUUGAACAAGAGUCGACCGCUAACAAGGGAAGGAUCGCAGGAUAGCUUUACCAAGACGCGACCACUAACACAGGAAGGAUCGCAGGAUAGCUUUACCAAGACGCGACAGCUAACAAGGGAAGGAUCACAGGAUAGCCUCAGCAAGACCCACGCGUACGCGAGUCUUCCCCGUUCUCUGUCGAAGGACAGGUCUCGCGAGAGCGUGAACAUGCGCUACCUGUCGCUUAGAGAUCGUCUGCGAGGAAACAAGACGAGCGUCGGCGAUGCGUCGGGCGAUUCUGUCGCCCCCGCCGGCAGCGAAGCUGGGGGUGCCCGGGCCAAGGUGCCGACCGAGGCGACCCGAGGCAGGACCGCCACCCGAUCGCCUUCCUCGGCGGGCAGCGGGAGAAGCUCGCUGGAUGAGUUCCUAGAGAAAUAUCGCUUCGGCAACGACGAGCCUACGCCGUCGGGCGGUCAGCGGCUGAGCAGAGCUGGAAAGGUGCCAGUCACCCACGUAAGUGUCAAGUCUGAUGACUCGACCGAUGGGGGCGCGCAGUCGCACACGCAGAGUAGUCCCUCUAAGGCAGCGAAGCGGGCGAGCAGCGCACCGCCGACCCGCCGCAGCAUCUUCACUCUGCAGGCGAAGGCUUCCACGGUGACGCCGUCGACGCCCUCUACAACCACGCCUGCCGGCUCGUUGGACGAGUCCUCCUUCUUCCAGGCGUUCGAGGACGUGCCCAAGGUGCAGAUCUUCUCGGGUCGCGAUGUCGAAGAGAUGAUGACACGAAUCCGGGAGGUGCUGCAGGAUGAGAAGAACGACUGGGAGAAGCGCGUCGACAGCCUAAGACGCGUGAGGUCUGUGGUGAUUGCCGGCGGCAUGGACUACGAUGAGUUCCAUCAGAAUUUGCGUAGUCUAGAGACACCAAUACAGACAUCAGCCAAGGACCUUCGGUCGCAAGUCGUGCGCGAGUGCUGCAUCACCAUCGCGUUUCUUGCUCAACAUCUGUGCAACAAGUUCGAGCAUUUUGCCGACUCAAUAUUCCUGAUACUCGUGGCGCUCAUACCCAACUCUGCGAAGAUCAUGGCUUCAUCAGGUGUCGUCGCUCUCAGGUUUAUAAUUCAGCACACUCACUCCCCCAAGAUGAUACCCCUUCUUGUCGGCAAUCUUUCGUCAAAGACUAAGGAGAUUCGAAGGCAGUGUGCAGAGCUGCUGGACCAGAUGCUGCACACGUGGCCGACGCACUCGCUCGAACGCCACAUCGCCGUCAUUCAGGACGCCAUCAGGAAGGGCAUCGCCGACGCCGACCCCGAGGCCCGCACCCGCUCGAGAAAAGCAUUCUGGGGGUUUUCCGACCAUUUCAAGGAACAAGCUGACAGUCUACUACAGUCCCUGGACAGCAGCAAGCAGAAGUUGCUGCAGGGUGAGAUGAGCAACAGCUCCAGCAGUAACUCGGUAAACAGCGCCGGCAGAGUUUCGACGAGACGCACACCUGCAGUCAGAACGUCGAGUCGCGAGAACGUCGGUGCCGCCCCCCGGCGGUCUCACGGCACCAUCUCAACAAGAGGCUUCACCAGCCCGUCGACCGACGGCAUUGGCAAGCGGAUAGAGGCUGCACCAGCGGUGCGUUCCAAUAGUGCCAUCGACAGCAGUGCCGUACAGCGCGCCCGCGCCCGUGCCUCAGCCGUGGGCCCUGUCGGCCGUGUGGAGAAAGGCUCCUACAACUCUCUACCGCGGUCAGCGAAGGGCGGGCCCGUGGACCACGGCGAUGGCAGGCAAGGUCGUUCAAGGGUGUCGCAUUCCCAGCCGGGUAGCCGGUCCAACUCUCCGUCGUCGCGCUACAGCUACCAGACGUACGCGGGCAGCGGCGACCGCAAACCCCGGCGCUCCGGCAUCCCGCGUAGCACGGGCACGAGCCGUGAGACAAGUCCGAGCAGGCUCGGCGGCGGCUACGCGCGCGAUCGCAGGCUUAGCGCGGGCGCGGCGGGCUCCAGGUCCGGGCGCGGCGCGGUGAAACCUGGUGGCAACUCUGCUGUGCUCGCUCAAAGGGUGCUGCUGCCCGGACAAGAAACAGAAGCUGCGCUUAGUGACGCGCUGAGAGGGCCAUUGAGGCGGCGCUAUGAUAACUACCAUUCAGACGAUGAGAGCGAGACGUCUAGCAUUUGCUCUGAGAAGUCUUACGGCUCGUACAGGAGCGAGGGUCCGCAGUCGACCAAGAAGAAGCAGUCGCAUAAGGGCAUAGACACAAUCCUAGAAGGCCAGAUGAAGGAUAUUGCAGAAAUUGUCAACAUGUGCUCCAGUACCAACUGGUCUGAGCGAAAGGAAGCGCUGACUGCUGUGCAGAACAUCUGCCGUCAUCCGCGAACGCUCAGCCGCGCAGAAAUCAGGAAGCUAACAGAGUGCUUCACAAGGUUGUUCAUGGAUCCUCACAGCAAGGUGUUCAGCAUGUUUCUCGACAUGCUGAUGGACUUUGUGUCAGUCUACAGGAAUGAGUUGCACGAUUGGUUGUAUGUGUUGUUAACACGCCUCCUCAGCAAGAUGGGCGCCGACAUGCUUGGCUCUGUGCACUCUAAGUGCCAGCGAGCACUCGACCUCGUGAGGGAAUCGUUUCCAUACGACCAGCAAUUAAUAGUUACAAUGAAGUUCAUCAUAGAUCAAACUCAGACUCCAAAUCUCAAGGUGAAGGUCGCACUGCUCACGUACAUGCUGCGUCUUAUCGACCUCAUGGAGGCGGAAGAGUUCACCAACAGCAGCGACACCCGCCUCGCUGUCUCGCGCAUCAUCACGUGGACCAACGAACCGAAAUCAAGCGAAAUCAGAAAGUUGUCUCAGAUGCUACUGAUCGCUUUGUUCAACCUGAACACGGCAGAGUUCAGCAUGCUACUGUCUGCUCUUCCCAAGACCUUUCAGGACAGCGCCACAAAGAUCCUCAACAGCCACCUGACGUACGUGAGGAACGGCAGCAGCAGCAACGGCGACGCCGACAGGAAGUCUCCGAUCAAGUCGCCGUCGGCGGCGUUCCCCGGCAGCGGCGGCGCGGCGAGCAGACGCACGCCGGCGACGACGCCGACGUCGACGACCGCGCCCCGGCAUCACUUCGACGCGGAGAACAUGAACCCGGAGGAGAUCUACAAGUCACUGCGGCAGACGACCCGAGAAAUACAGAACUACAGUUUCGAGGCGGCACUGGGCAAGGAGGAGGUGAAGCACCGGAAGGAGAGAGACACGACGUCGCAGGACAGCGGUAUACAGAGCUCUCUCCCCGAUGUGAGAGGCGAUUCUCCAGAUGCCUCUAAGUGCUCGCCCCUGUGUCUGCGCAUUCAGCACAGUCCGGCUGCGCACGACUCGGCCGCGCGCAGUCGCAUCCCCAUGCCCCGGAGUCGGCAGGGGUCCGCCACCACCGAUCACAGUCCCAUCCACCGGCAUGCUCCUCACAGCCCCAGCAUGGCACAGCCAAGCCCCACUGCUCUGCAUAGUCCUAACAGUUCGACCUUCCCGCAUCUCAAGAAUGGCUAUGAUCGGGCUGCCCUUGCAGAAGCAGUGUUUGACGUUGAGAACGAAAUCUUCAAUGAAGAGUUCCCCGACGACCAGAACGAUGUGAUAGCAGAGAUCCUCACGGAGCUGUCGAAUCACAACGAGCGCUUCUCGGAACGCGAGGAUGCUCUCAAGCAGCUGAUGCGGCUCGUGCGCGACGGCUCGCGCCCGCUGUGGGAGGAACACUUCAAGACCGUGCUGCUGAUGCUGCUGGAAACGCUCGGAGAUACCAGCGCGUCGAUCCGCACGCUGUCGCUGCGCGUGCUGCGUGAGAUCAUGCACGGCUACCCGCAGCGCUUCGACGAGUACGCGGAGCUGACGAUGCUGCGCAUCCUCGAGGCGCACCGCGACGGCGAGAAGGAGGUGGCGCGCGCGGCCGAGGACGCGGCGGCGACGCUCGCGACCGUGCUGCCGCGCGAUACGUGCGUGCGCGUGCUGCGGCCGAUCGUCGAGACGAGUGAUUUCCCCGUCAGCUACGCCGCCAUCAAGAUGCUGCAGAAGGUCGUCGAGGCGAUGAGCGAGGACGAGGUGCGCGCCGUGCUGCCGGACGUCGUGCCGGGACUUGUCAAGGGCUACGACGCGACGGAGAGCGCCGCGCGCAAGGCGAGCUGCUUCUGCCUUGUCGCCAUACACCUGGCGGUCGGCGACGACCUUCUGACGUACCUGUCCGACCUUAACGGCAGCAAGAUGAAGCUGUUGAAUUUGUACAUAAAGCGAGCACAGCAGACCACACAGCAGACGACGCCCACACCUCCUCGAUAAACUCAUAACGGCCCUACGCAUAUCAGUAAUGGGAGCUUCUCAGUUGGCUAUGCCCGCUGUCAUGGGUACCGCGACGCACCCUGCAGCUUUCUGCCUCGAAAAGGAAUUGGACACUGCACGGAAAUUUUAAUGGAAAAGACAAGCAAUGCACCUUUCACACGGAUUAGGCUUUUGGCUCGUACGUGGCACGUUUUAAAAACACUGGCCACAACUGUCACUAUUUUAUUUCGAAUUCCAACAGACAUUUUGUGCUGAUGUGACAGAAGUAUUUAACAAUAUCUGAGAAUUAUCCUUCCCAGUACUGCGGUAACCUCCCCCUGUCCCCUAUCCAGGGUUGCUUUCAGAGAUCGGCUUAUACAUGGUACUUGCUGCGAAUGUAAUCUGUGGAUGCAUGCCUGCGUCAGGUCGUUGCAUUUAUCUGCGCUGUUAAUUGACUACUAUACUAGGCUGAACUCUGCCUCUGUAUUCAUGCAUCGUCAUGGCUACAUCGCUCUACGAGGCAAGCUGUUGCUACCGCGGCAUGUUUCUUAUUGUUUACGACUUGAACAAACGUGCGUAUUCGUACUUGUAUA